AUAAAGAGUGGUGAGGUAGCAGAAGACACAAGAGCCGCGUUGCUGCAAGAAAGGAACGAAGAAGAAAGGAGCCAGCGAUACUGAAAUGACCGUACUGUCGAAGGUAGAUAUUGAGAAGCUGAAGCAGACGAAGAAGAUUGGGAUCAUCGGGCUUGGGGACAUGGGCCUUCUCUAUGCCCGGCGAUUUUCAGAAGCCGGGUGGAGCGUGUGUGGAUGCGACCGGGAGGAGCGCUAUCAGGAAUUGAAGGAGAGCAUGGCAUCGCUGUUGCCCGAGGUGGAGAUCUACCGGAACGGGUUCUACGUGUCGAGAACUGCGGACUACAUCAUCUACUCGGUGGAAGCGGAGAACAUCGAGAAGAUCGUGGCGCUGUACGGCCCAGCGACGAAGGUGAACGCGAUUGUCGGCGGGCAGACGUCGUGCAAGAGUCCAGAGAUCAGUUCGUUCGAGAAACACCUGCCGGCAGACGUCGAGAUCGUGUCGGUGCACUCCCUGCACGGGCCCCGGGUGGACACGACGGGCCAGCCGUUGGUGCUGAUCCAGCAUCGUGCGACGCAGGAGAGCUUCGAUUUUGUGGAGUCCGUGAUGUCGUGUCUCCGCUCGAAGCACGUCUACUUGACGUACGAGGAGCACGACAAGAUCACCGCUGACACUCAGGCCGUGACGCAUGCUGCAUUCUUGAGCAUGGGUGUGGCGUGGCACAACAGCCACCAGUAUCCGUGGGAGACACCCAAGUGGACCGGAGGGAUUGAGAACGCCAAGAUCAACAUCUCGAUGCGGAUCUUCUCCAACAAGUGGCACGUCUACGCGGGCCUGGCCAUCACAAACCCGUCUGCACACAAGCAGAUCUCCCAGUAUGCAAUCUCCUGCGAGGAGAUCUUCACCAUGAUGAUACAGGGGAGACGGGAUGAGCUCCGGGAGAGAAUUCUCGACGCCAAGCAGAAGGUGUUUGGCCACUUGGGAAAGGACCACCAGCUGUUGCUCGACGAUGACUUGCUUCAGCAGUACUCCCUAGCGAAGAACCCACCUGGCGGCCACCAGCGAAACUCACACUUGUCCCUGCUAUCAAUUGUCGACAGUUGGUCCCAGCUAGGCAUCGUCCCCUACGACCACAUCAUCUGCUCGACGCCCCUCUUCAGAAUUUUCCUCGGUGUCUCCGAGUACCUCUUCUGUACGCCAGGCCUCCUGGAGGAGUGCAUCAACGUCGCCAUCGAAGAUAUCACGUUUCGCCAGGACGACUUACAGUUCACAAUGGCCUCAAGGGAGUGGGCUAACGUCGUCAGCUACGGCGACUUCAACCUGUACCGCAAGAAGUUCGAGAACACACAGGUGUUCUUCCAGCACAUGUUCCCUGAAGCCACCAAGAUGGGCAACGAGAUGAUCAAGACAAUCUUGCAGCGUGUGAAGGACAGAGAAGCCGCCCAGAAUUAGAACUUUCCUUUUCCUCGUACUUAAAUACACUACGUAAAUGUCUAUGUAAAUUACAACCACUACGUAAAUGUCUAUGUAAAUUACAAUCACUGGAAUAACCAAAUUUUUAGAAUUAGCC